AUGUCGUCGCCUUCGCGAUCCCGUAAGCUCAGCUUGGCCAAAGACUCUCUAAGUGGCAGCACCUUUCUCGACGAUCAUCUCGAGUAUAAGUCACGCCAAACGGGACCUUCAGCAAGCAUUGAUGGAGUUCUGGAGCAGCCACCUCGAGUCCCUCGGAGUGCCGUUUCGAAUCUUUCUCUGUCGAGUGCCUCGAGAAGAUCCGUCAGUGCGAUCCCCCCUUCACCGAUAAUUGCUCAAGAGAGUGGAACUGUGCACACAAUCUCCCACACCAAUUGCGUUCCUGAGCCUGGUGAUCCAGUAAGGCUUGUCGCGACCAUCUUCUACAACUCGAGCGCACCACGGCAUCCCCAUAUCCACCCAGAUCAGUCGCCUCCUGCGAGACCUACAGAUCCAAUCCCGGUCCCAGAAAUCGCUGAAGGCUCCGCUCCGACUACGAACAUUUCGGAGUAUCCUCUUGAGCCUCCGCCUCCCGAACCUGAACCUCUUGAUCAUCUGUAUGGUGCCUAUAUUUCCCAAUUAUGCUUGACGCACUUCCUCUCCACACUUGACAGCCUCCUGGUGCACAAUGCGCCUGAUGAGCAGCAAUUGACGUCUUCUCACCGAUGUCUAGCUCCGGAUCCAUUGAAACCAAGGGUCAUGGAGGUUACUUUUUCCCCACCUCCCAACCCUGAAUACUUGCCAUUUCCCCUUAUCUCCAAGCACGAAUCGAUCUACAAGUUCGAAAGAGAGUGGAAUUGCGAGAUCAUUUUGCAGCCCUCCAAUGUCUUCCGGCGACAUAAACGUCUGUGCGUCUUUGACAUGGACUCCACCCUCAUCCAUCAGGAAGUGAUCGACGAAAUCGCCGCGUUUGUUGGGGUCAAGAAGGAAGUUGCUGCAAUCACCGAGCGCGCUAUGAAUGGAGAACUCGACUUUGCGGCUUCCCUCAAAGCAAGGGUGGCUCUUCUGAAGGGCGUGCCAAGUGACGUGUUUGAACGGCUGAAGCCCAAAAUCGUCAUCACCCCGGGCGCGAAACAGUUAUGCAAAUGCUUGAAACGACUGGGCUUCACUCUUGCCGUUUUCAGUGGUGGAUUUCAGCCUCUUGCGAACUGGCUUGCCGGCGAACUUGGGCUUGAUCACGCCUUCGCCAAUCACCUUGCCUUGGACCCCGACUCUAAUACACUAACAGGGGAACUCGAAUCGUCGCACCCAAUAGUGGAUUCUCAACACAAGCGAAACCUGUUAAUAAGCUUAGCGGGCAGCAAGGGGAUUCCACUUGUCCAGACAAUGGCGGUCGGGGACGGCGCCAACGAUAUUCCCAUGCUUAAGACGGCAGGUCUGGGUGUCGCAUGGAAAGCUAAAUCCAAGGUCCAAAUGGAAGCGCCUGCGCGAUUAAACAUUGGUGAAAGCAUGCUGGAUUUGGCCUACUUGCUAGGUUUGACAAAGGAAGAAAUCGAUCAGCUCCUAAAGGACUAG